CGGCGGCCAGCUGAUGCCACGAUGUCAGCCGAGGCUUGAUUACUUAUUGAAGAUCGGCUCCAAAAUUUUCGAACGGAGUUGAACUGGUUGAAGUUUCUGCCUUCGAGCCUACGUGGAAACGCAUUAUCCUUGAAAAAUGGUGGAAGUCGAGUCGAUGACGAGAUACGUCUCGCCGGUGAAUCCAGCUGUCUUUCCCCUGCUGGCCGUUGUGCUCUUGAUAAUUGGAGUUUUUUUCACGGCUUGGUUCUUCGUCUACGAGGUCACCAGCACCAAAUUCACGCGAGAUAUAUUCAAAGAAGCACUGAUCUCUCUGGUCGCGGCACUGUUCUCUAGCUUCGGAGUGCUGUUCCUGCUGCUCUGGGUUGGAAUUUAUGUAUAGACAACGUCGGAUAUAAGGGUGUUCAAAUUUCUACCGAGAAAAUAUUCGUAACUGUUAAACAAAUAUAUGUAUACAAUAUGAAAUAUGUA